UUGUGCAACCAUGUCUUGGUAUAAGGGUGCCGUGGAUUACGUAGAUGAUUGGUUCCUGAUGUCCACACCUUGGCUACUUCUCACAAUAUGGUUCGCGUACAUCACAUUUGUGUUGAAAUGGGGACCCGCCUACAUGUCCAAAAGACCAGCCUACAAACUCACGAAUGUUUUAGCCGUAUACAAUUUAUUUCAAGUUUUGCUAUCCUGCUAUAUUGUUUACAUGGGUGUAUGGCAAAUGAGCACAUAUGGAGUGGUGAGCUCGCACUGUGCUAUUGAAGCAAAGGAAACCCAAGCUUAUAUAAUACGUGGCGUUUGGAUAUACUUCAUCGCAAAGAUUACGGAACUGCUGGACACGGUGUUCUUCGUACUGCGAAAGAAGACGAACCAAGUGUCUUUCCUUCAUGUCUACCACCAUUCUCUCAUGGUGAUGGCUUCGUGGUUCGCCCUCAAGUACAAUCCUACGGAUGUACUUAUAUUCUUAGGGACGCUCAACUCUUUCGUACAUGUUAUCAUGUAUGGUUACUAUGGGUUGUCUGCGUACCCUAGCCUGGCGAAAUAUUUGUGGUGGAAGAAGUAUAUUACGUCGUUUCAGCUGAUACAAUUUGGACUCAUCGUCUUACACGCAUUCGCCAGCGUAUUCGUGUCAAAAUGUAACACCUCCUUCGUUAUGCUAUUUAUAAUUUUCUUCAAUCUGGGCGUAAUGAUAUACCUUUUCAGUGACUUUUACGUUAAAUCGUAUGUAAAAAAAGGGGCGAAAAGCAACAAAACUAAAAUAGGUUUAGAGAAACGACCUACCGCCAGUAGUUUUGUUGAUGCAUUAUAUGCCACAAACUGUCGAUCUGAUGAGCGAGUAAAUUAA